AUUGUAUGCUAUUGAUUCUUUGAAUGGAGUGUCGAGGGUAUUGUAUGAGCAGGUGUACCAGUGUUAUAACUGUAGUAACCAUGGCAACUGUAACAACUCCUUGGCAACCAGCACCAGUAUCUCUUCAUUCUUCAUUGUAUCUUGUAUUUGUGAUCUGGGAUGGACAGGUGACUCCUGUGAGAUUGAUAUUGAUGGUUGUGCUGGUUCCCCUUGUGAUCCCCUCAGUAACUGUACAGACAAUCCAGCAGCUGAGCACCAGUCAACAGGAAGGGCAUUCAAGUGUGAAAACUGUCCCCAGGGAUACCAGAUAACAGAAACUUUUAAGUGUUUGGAUAUUGAUGAAUGCUCCAACAGUUCUGUGAAUGGCUGUGACCAGAUUUGUACAAACACAGAGGGAAGUUACUCCUGCUCAUGUCAUCAAGGAUACAGAUCAGCAGGGACAUUAUGUCUAGACAUAGAUGAGUGUACAGAAGGAACCAGUCACUGUCAACAAGGCUGUGUAAACGCUGUAGGUUAUUAUAAUUGUUCCUGUGUUGACGGCUAUUCCCUCCAGCCAGACGGACUCUCCUGUGUUGUACAAAGUCCACAACAGUCCUGUAACAGUUUGAACUGUAGUCAAGGAUGUUCUGUCAACAGCACGGGUUCUCCAUAUUGUUUCUGUAACCAAGGUUACAGUCUGUUACCAGAUGGAGAAAAUUGUACUG